ACGGUAGAGCAAUUCAAACUCAGCUAUCAGGAGCAGAGACAAGACUGCUCUACAGACUCUUCCUUUAGUUUGAUUCUAGCACAUUAUUCUAUCCUAUAUUUUUUGUAUUUCUUACAUUUUCUAUUUCGCUUACCUGUUGGGGGUAAAAAUGUCAACAGCAUUAGAGGUGACUGGAUUCUUCAUGUGUUUGGUCGGCUGGAUGGUUACUGGUCUUGCUGUGGCAAAUGAUUAUUGGAAGAUAUCUAGUGUGCAAGGCACCGUAAUCAUUUCAAACCGUCUCUAUGAGAACCUGUGGCAUGCCUGCGGUGAGGACAGCUCUGGAAAGGCCAGCUGCCAAGACUUUCAAUCUAUGCUGGACUUGCCAGUUCAUAUUCAAGCAUGUCGAGCAUUAACGAUCAUCGCCCUGAUCCUGGGGCUGGUCGGUAUAAUUUUAUCUACCAUGGGGCUGAAGUGCAUUACAAUUGGGUCAAAAACAGAUGAAUCAAAGGGCAAGACUAUGGUCAUUGGCGGCAUUAUCUUCAUUUUUGCAGGUCUUUGUACUAUGGUCGCUGUAUCUUGGUAUGCUGCACGGGUUGUUGCAGAAUUCAAAAACCCGCUCUAUGGUGGCGUCAAAUUUGAGCUGGGUACUGGACUCUAUAUAGGUUGGGCUGGUGCAGCACUGUGUAUUCUGGGUGGUGCAUUCCAGUGCAGUGCCUAUCAAAGAGUCUCUCAAGCAAAAGACAAAGGGGCAUACUACCCAGGUGGUAAGCCAAAGACAAUCUAUACUGCUGCUCCACCUAAUGCAGAGACUUCAAAAGCUUACGUUUGAGCUACCAGGGUCACCCACAUUAACAAGGCUGAACUUUUGUUACUUUGAUGUUUGUUUUACUCAGUUAUGUUUUUGCUACUUUUUUGUUUUAGGAAAUCAUGACAAAAAAGAUCACUUAAAUGAUCAUGAAUGCUGAACUUCUGGAAUAAAAUAUGUUCUCUGAUUUAAGAUCUAGAUAUGUUGCCAUGGUGUUUAGACUUAUGUUUGUUUAUGUAUAGGGGAGACUGUGGCAAGCUUUUUACAGCAGGGAAUAUUUCUCAUUGUGGGUUAAUUUUUGAAAUGUAAUUUCUCUAUGGGCACAUACAUUACAUAUUGGCUACAAAACCGCUUUGGAACAUUUACACUGUUAUUACCGUGAUCACAUUAUGGCAGGCAGGGCAUGUUAUGGCAUUGUAUCUGGUAUGUUGUCAGAGUGGGACCAGCCAUUAAAUGGCCUUUUCAUUUCUGCAAAGUUUAAAUAGUAAAACAAUUAUGACUUAUACUUUCACAAUUAUCAUGAUGUAUCCAGUGUGUUCAUAAAAACACUUAAUUAGGAGGAUGCAAGAUUUCACAAAAUUAUAUAAUACAUAUAAAAUAUGAUUUAUAAUAAACAUAAAAUAAAAUAUCAAAUCAUAUAUUUACUGAGAUAUAGCAUUUGAGACAACUUCCUCAUGUGACAACUAGCCCAUCUUCUCUAAACAUGCUUAGUUUCAGUAGAGACCAUUUAGUGUUCUAUUACCAAAACAAUAUGUCAAACAUGAAAUGUGAAUAAAUAAAUUUUUUAAACUGAAAA